UUCGCCACGCUGUUCCCGUCAUCGCUAGAGCUAUGAAGAUGCAUUUCUGCAUCCCGUUGUCCCAGCAGCGGCCAGACGCGAUGGGGGGCCGCUACGUGCUGUACUCCGUGUACCUGGACGGCUUCCUCUUCUGCAAGGUACGCUAUAGCCAGCUGCACCGUUGGAAUGAACAGCUGAGACGAGUGUUUGGAAACUCCCUGCCGCCUUUCCCGCCAAAGCACUAUCUGGCAAUGACGGCCGCCAUGGCUGAAGAGAGGAGGGAUCAGCUGGAACGCUACCUGCAAAAUGUAACUGCAGACCCCCGUGUGAUGAGAAGCGACGUCUUCACCGAGUUUUUAACCCUGGUACAGAUGCACACAUUGAACGUCACCACCAAGCAAGCCGCUUUGGAUGUGUUUCUGCCCAAUGGAAAGAGCAUUAACGUGGAGGUUCUAACGUCAGAUACAGCCGAAAGGGUCCUUGAGGUGGUGGCACAGAAACUUGGACUGUAUCCCGAGCUCUUGGGGUACUUCGGCCUGUUCCUCAUCCGGUGCUUCUCAGAGGGCAAGCUCUCUGUUGUGAAGAAGCUGGCUGACUUUGAGCUACCUCACACUGCUCUUCAGAGUUCCGAGGCGGAAGACUGGAAGAUAGGACUCAGAAAAUGGUAUCUGGACCCCGCCCUGGACUCCAUGCUGAUGGACUGCAGAGCAGCUGGCGACCUGCUGUACAUGCAGGCAGUGCAGGACAUUGAAAUAGAAUGGGUGAAACCCACACAGGUUCAGAGGGAGGAACUGAAGGCCCUUCAGGAGAAAGAGAAUCAAACAGAGUUUCUGGAGCGGUCCCAGGAGGUCUGGCACUAUGGGUACAUUCAGCUGGAUCCCUGUACCUGCAACCACCCCGAACCCGGCUGCGCGGUUGUACUUUCCAUUGGCAACAACGAGAUCAGCUGCUGUGUGACCCUGCCUGACGGCCAGACCCAGAACAUUGCUUUCCAGAUGAGCAGAGUAAAGUGCUGGCAGGUCACUUUCCUUGGAACUCUGCUGGAUACAGAGGGGCCCCAGCGAACUCUCAACCAGAACCUAGAGCUGAGAUUUCAGUAUAGUGAAGACAGUCAACAGCAGUGGUUCGUCGUUUACACCAAACAGGCUUUUUUCCUGAGUAGCUGCCUGAAGAAGAUGAUCUCAGAGAAGAUGACGAAGCUCGCUGAGGAGAACCCAGAAAUGCAGAUCGAAGUUCCAGAACAAGGCAGAAGUAAGAAGCAGCCGAACCAGCCGAAAGACUAUUUUAAUUUUCUGAGAAAAAGCAAGACGAAGAAAGUUGAGGACGACUGUGUUUGGGGGACCCUCACGGAAGGAGGUCUCUGA